AUGAAAAGAAUCUGUUCAGAAAGAGAGGUUUCUGAAAAUGAUACCCAAUUCAAAGAUAAUUUUGAUCAAGAAGAUAUAAAUCCUGCAUCUACUCCUCCCUUUAAGAGCAAAGAUUUUUAUUUUGCAAUAUAAAAAAUCUCUCUUAAUAUUCGAAAGAAAAAUCUAAUUUAAUUUAUAAAAUUAAUUUCUAAAAGAUGCAGGCUAACUAAAUUUAAAUAGAUAUAUCUGAAGAUUUCGUAAUAAUAAAUUUUUAUUAUGUAUAAAAUAUUUGAAUAUAAAAUAGUUACGUAAAACAUUAUUUUGAUUAUCUUAAGCGAAUUUAAUUUCCCAAAAAUAGGCAUUUUUUGAAUGUUUUUGUUCAUUCUUAAUAAAGGGGGAGCUAAUUAUUUCUUGAAUAGCUGCCAAGUUCCUAUAUUAAAUAAUGAAAUAAAUUGCGAAACAAAUUCAAUAAUAAAAAGACGAAAAGCCAGAAGCACGUUUUUGUCGUGAUUUUUACCUGGUAGACUUUUCUCGGCAUCAUUUGGUCGGAAAUUUUCCUCAUCAGACAUUUGCUUCAAAAAACUGUUAUUUUCAACCAAAUGUCUUACUUGAAAAAGUUUUGACCAGAUAUGGCUGAUGAAAUGUAUGCAAGAAUAAAUGCUCCGAAGAAAGGCACGCAGCCGAAAAGGCAAAUGGCACGCUGAUGAAGAUUUCUUAUUAAUUCGUCAAUACAUCGAGCAUGGACCUAAUUGAACUUUAUUUACCUCGCUAUUUAAUAAUAGAGGGCCAAAAUCAAUAAAGAGUCACUUUUAUUUAUUAACUCCCCCAUCCGUGAGUGAACAAAAAAAUUUUGUUCACUCACGGAGGGGGGUUAAUUUUAUUUUUUUAAAAAAAUUUAUAUAUAAAUUUAAAAAAAUCUCACUUCUAUAAACAUUAAGCAAAUAUUAAUUUAACUUGUAAAAUUUAUGUUUUAAAAUGCAAUUUGUUUAAAAUUAAACAGAUUUAGCUCGAGAUUUCAUUAUACUAAUUAUCACUUAUAUAUCAAAAUUUUUCUAUUAAAAAAAUUUUUGUUCACUCACGGAGGGUGGGUUUUUUUGGCAAAAAAAUAGCGAUUUUUCCAAUGAUUUUGUUCACUCACGGAGGGGGGAGUAAGAAAUCGAAUGACAAUGGAGCAAAUGGAAUUAUUAAAUCAUCAAAUUUUGCUUAACAGAAAAAAAAGAGAUUCAGGGUUGAUAUACGAAAAGUUAAAAUUUUACGAAAAUGAUAUAAAAGAUUAUAAAAACAAAGAGCCAUUAGAUGAAUCAAAAGCUUUAAAAGUAUGAAAUAAUGAUAUUAAAUGAGAAAGCCUUUAUGAAUCAGAAAAUGAAAAAAUUUUAUCAAAAAUUUUCGAAUUAAAAAUAAAAGAAGCCUUAUUGGAAAAUCAACUUUUUGCAAAAAAGAGAGAGUUAAGCGAAUAUAGAAAAUCGCAAGGAUUUAUUGAAGAUGCUUUUUAA